AUGGAGAAUACAUUCUCAGAUGAAUAUAAUCAAGAUCUUAAUACUUGGGAUGAGUAUUCUAAUUAGAUAAUGUUCCCUUCUCCUCUAAUGUUAGGGCGUCCUUCUCCUAGAAUGAAAUACAUACAAGAGGAUUUUUCAAUACUAUCCUUACCGUUUUAAUCUGACACAAUAGAUGAGGAUUAUAAUCUCAAUAAUUCACUUGAACCUGUUAAGAAAAUACUCAAGAUGACCAAAAAAAUAGAGAAAAAAACAAAAAAAAAUAGAAAAUAACCUAAAACACAAUCUAACCCAAUCUUAAAUGCUGCAAGGGACUUCUUUUCUUAAGUCAAACAAAGCAAUCCAAAUCAAUAAAUCUAACAAUUUUAAUAGAUGAAAAUAUUGAUUGAUAACUUAGAGGAUAUAUUAGGAUAGUUGAAACAUUAACUUCUUAUCUAAGUCUAAUAAAAAGGAUCUCGAGUUUGA